ACCAGUGGAACACACAAAACUUUGAAGAGCUGCUUUUUUGCAUAGAAUUUCAUAAAUUCAAAAUCCUGGAUAUCGAUCCUCGCAGCUUUUCGAAAACCCUAGAGUUUGAGGAUGGUGGGGACUCUUGCAGGCUUGCAAGAGCAUGUCAAAUUGGCCAAGGACUACGCCCUUGAAGGCCUCUAUGACACUGCGAUCAUAUUCUUCGAUGGCGCCAUUGCUCAGAUUAACAAGCAUUUGAGCACACUUGACGAUCCUUUAAUCCGAGCGAAAUGGAUGAAUGUGAAGAAAAGUCUAUCCGAGGAAAUAGACGUUGUAAAACUGUUGGAUGCAGAGAGAAGGGCCUUCAAGGAGGUUCCGGGAACCAGACGCUCUUCCUCACCUCCUAUUAAUGCCAAGUCUUCGUUUGUUUUCCAACCGCUAGAUGAAUUCCCUACUUCUUCAGGUGCUCCAAUGGAUGAUCCUGAUAUUUGGAGACCUCCAACCCGAGACCCAGCAAGCAGGAGGCCUACGAGAGCUGGCCAAGUGGGUAUGCGGAAGUCACCUCAAGAUGCUACUUGGGCUCGUGGUGCUUCGACAAAAGCAGGUACAAGUAGCCGUGGAGCAAAGACUGGUUCUUCAGGUAGAACUGGCUCUGGAGUCAAAGCAUCCACUGCUUCUGGACCUGGGAGAAAAGGCAAUGCUUCUGGGAAAUCCAACACCAGCAAGACAGAGUCAGUGAAUGGAGAUGCUGAAGAUGGAAAAUCAAGAAGGGAAUAUGAAGGACCUGAUCCAGAUUUGGCCGCAAUGCUUGAAAGGGAUGUGUUGGAGACGAGCCCGGGAGUUAGAUGGGAUGAUGUGGCAGGACUGAAUGAAGCCAAAAGACUUUUGGAAGAAGCUGUUGUCCUUCCGCUGUGGAUGCCUGAGUAUUUCCAGGGAAUUAGGAGGCCAUGGAAAGGUGUUCUUAUGUUUGGCCCACCUGGUACCGGGAAGACCCUUUUGGCCAAGGCAGUUGCUACAGAAUGCGGAACAACAUUUUUCAAUGUUUCUUCUGCUACCUUAGCUUCGAAGUGGCGUGGUGAGAGUGAACGCAUGGUUCGGUGCUUGUUUGAUCUUGCAAGAGCUUAUGCUCCAAGUACAAUUUUCAUUGAUGAGAUUGAUUCUCUUUGCAAUUCUCGGGGGGCUUCAGGAGAGCAUGAAUCAUCCAGAAGGGUGAAGUCAGAACUUCUAGUACAAGUAGAUGGUGUUAGUAACAGCUCCACUGGUGAAGAUGGUAACCGCAAAAUAGUGAUGGUCUUAGCAGCUACCAACUUUCCGUGGGAUAUUGACGAGGCUCUUAGGAGGAGGCUGGAAAAGCGAAUAUAUAUUCCUCUUCCAAAUUUUGAGAGUCGUAAGGAGCUUAUAAAGAUUAACCUUAAAACUGUUGAGGUGGCUCCUGAUGUAAACAUUGAUGAAGUGGCCCGUCGAACAGAAGGAUACAGUGGAGAUGAUCUCACAAAUGUUUGCCGCGAUGCUUCUUUGAAUGGCAUGAGGCGUAAGAUAGCAGGUAAGACUCGUGAUGAGAUCAAGAACAUGGCAAAGGAUGAUAUCUCAAAGGACCCAAUUGCCAUGUGUGACUUUGAAGAAGCUAUAACCAAGGUCCAAAGAAGUGUUUCUCCUGCAGAUAUUGAACGCCAUGAGAAGUGGUUUUCAGAGUUUGGGUCAGCAUAGAGUUCCAGAAAUGAACACUUCGAUUGGUUGUUUCUCCAUUAGUCCUUCUAGCCUAUCUGGUGAUUGGUGAUUGGUGAUUGUUUGAAUCUCUUUUAACUGUAUUGGCUGAGUUGAUUCAU